AUGGCAUACAAAAACGUGGUCGCUAUCUCCAAAUUGAUAAACAACGGAUUACUCUUGGUUAACCAAGGAGUUUUUCAAGGUUUAGCUAGUCCUCAACAGGCUACUGUUGAACUGUACAAUGUGAUUAGGUACUUGGGAGGUGCUGGUCCUUAUAUCCAGCGCCAGGGUUAUGGGAUCUCUACCGACAUCCCAGACCAGUGUACCUUAGAACAAGUGCAGUUGUUUUCCAGACACGGAGAGAGAUUCCCAUCCACUAGUAGUGGCAAGAAACUUGAGGCUGUCUACAAGAAGCUCAAGUCUUACAACGGUACCUAUACAGGUGACCUUGGUUUCUUGAAUGACUACACGUUCUUUGUCGACGAUAAAGACAUGUGCGGGAAGGAAACAUCACCAAAGAACAGUGAAUCUAACUUCGCCGGUACCACUGAUGCCUUGAAGCAUGUUUUCACUUCUAACUCGGGAAGAGUUUUCCAAACCGGGAACUAUUUCGCCCACGGAUUCUUGGGUGACGAUUAUAAGGACGAUAAGGUCAAAUACGUUGUGUUUGAUGAGGACGAAAAAAUAGGAAUCAACUCUUUGACUCCUAGACGCGCUUGUGCUUUGUACAAUGACACUUCUGACAGCUACGUUGAUGAGCUCGAUACAAAGUACUUGAAAAACAUUGUAACCAGAUUUCAAAAGUUUGCUCCAGGACUCAACAUCACUCUGGGCGAUGUUAGAAACUUGUUCCAAUGGUGUGCCUAUGAGAUCAAUGUUAAAGGUGCUUCUCCUAUUUGUGAUUUAUUCACUAACGAAGAGUUCAUUCAGUACUCAUACUCUGCUGAUGUGGGCUACUACUACUCCAAUGGUCCUGGUAACAAUUUAACCGCAGUUAUUGGAUCUACAUUGUUGAACUCCUCCUUGGCCUUGUUAAAGGACGAUUCUAAUUCCAAUAAGGUGUGGUUAUCCUUCACCCACGAUACUGACUUGGAGGUUUUUCACUCUGCUUUAGGUCUCUUUGCUCCAAAUGAGGACUUGCCAACUGACUACAUCCCGUUCCCAUACCCAUACCAACACUCAUCCAUUUGUCCACAAGGUGCUCGAGUAUACACGGAGAAGUAUAAGUGUGGUGAAACCUCCUAUGUCAGGUACAUCAUCAAUGACGCCGUUAUUCCUAUUCCAAAUUGUUCUUCUGGACCAGGUUUCUCAUGCGAGUUGAGUGCCUACGAAGACUAUAUCCAGGAAAGAAUUGGUGAAAUCAACUAUAGUGAGCAAUGUGGACUCGAUGAUUCAGCUCCUUCUUCUGUUAAAUUUUACUGGAACUAUAACCAAGAGCACAAUGCUAGUUUCUUUGAUAAGUAA